AUGUCCAUGACAGUUAAUGGGCAAGAGGCGACCUUUGAUGUGUUUAAAGCAACCAGACUUCCAGCCCAUUAUGAGGAAUUGAAGAUGAUUUCUGUGGUGGAACCCGAGCUCACAAAUGCCGAGUUAGAUCACUUUCUAGCCUCGCGAGAUCCGUUGGAGACAGCUUUGGUGUAUGGGGAAGAUCUGAAGAUUGAUGCAGAAGUGGAAGAGUGUCUAAGCAUUCUUGACACUUCAUGUGCUUAUCUACGAGCAAAGAAAGAUGUGAAGUUUGUGUUUAAUGAAGCCUGUCUGACGGCUUUUGAUGAUCUGAAACGAAGAUCAGUAGAUCAGAAGGUGUGUUCCAGAGGAAGAGGUCUCAGCGAUUCUCGAGAAGUCACUAAUCACCCUAUGAAGGACAUCAUGCUGGUGACAGAACAGCUGCAAAGGCUGAAGAUUUUCGGUGGAAAGCUGAAGAGUAAGUGGUCUGGGCCAUUCGAGGUAGUUCGUGUGACUGCAUAUGGUGCAGUCGAGCUCAAAAGACCCAACUCGGAUGAGACAUUCUUGGUGAACGGGCAAAGAGUGAAGCAUUACUACGGGGAGGCCACUGACCGCGCAAGGACCACCAUCGAUCUAGAAGAGGCUUGA